AUGUUAUCCUCAAUCAAAGAGAAACCAAAACAAAUGACACUCAUUAUUUUACUUGUGUUUAUAUAUAAUUUGAAUUUAGCUCAUUGUGACAAUCUUGAUGUUUCAAUGAGUUUGUUUGUAGAAGAUUUAUUAUCACUUAGAAAUCAGGAGUUAUUUAUGAUGCCAUAUGAUAAAUCUUUAUUCAGUCCAUUUAAUGGACCAUUUUUUAAACCAUUAUGGGAAUUACAUGCCCCAUAUAAUUAUUUUGCACAAUAUGGUUUUCCUAAUCCACAUCAUACUUUACCACCUAUAUUAAAUACGGAAUUCAUGAUAGGUGAUACAUUUUUAAUUAAAGAAUCAGCUUAUGCUUCAUCAAUGACAUAUGUUUUAACAGAAAAAUUCACAUUAUUUGAUUUAUACUUUAGAAUAUUAUCAAAAGUUGCUGGUGAUGAUUAUUAUUUCCGUAUCGAUCAAUAUGAUGAAGAGUUAGACAGCAAUGAUGAACCUACUCUAAUACUAUACGAUUCUCAUCAGAUUGAAACGAAACCUGUGCGUGUGAAAAGUAUAACAGUGUAUACAGACGAAGAGGAUGUUCAUCAUCAUACUGAUGAAGAGGUGGAUAGUGAUCAUCAUGCAAAAAAUCAUAUUAUAUUAGGUGAACGACUACAACCAAGAAUGUUUCUUCCUUUAUUCAUUGAUAUUUAUAGAGUAUUGAAAAGAAUACAUUUUGACUGUGAACAAAACUGUAAAGAAUACAUUGCAAAUUAUGAAUAUGUUUUAUGGAUGUAUAAUUGGGUGAUUUGUACAAUAUUAGGAUCAAAACCUAGCUAUGAUGUGGAUGGCAUAUGUCCUAAACUCUGUCGUCCACGUGAUACUAUUCUAAUAAGAAAUAAUUCUCUAAUAGAACAAUUGAUAAAUUUAACUUUUAAACCAAUCAAUAUAAUUAAUCCAUUCGAUGUGUGUUCACAAUUACUUCAUUCAGUGUCCGGUUCAUGUUUAGUGCAUGGAACUGGUGUAUAUAUGCAUGAAUUCACGUGUCAGUGUAAAUCAAGUGCUUACAAUUGGCGAACAGUCAAGUCACAGACUGGUUGUUUAUUAAUACCAGCAAUUAUGAAAAGUAAACCUAAAAAUCUAUUUCGCCCUACAUGGAAUAUUGAAUGUAAUGAAGAAAUGUCUAAAUUUUGUCAAAAUAAUCCACGUAAAUGUUAUCAACGUUUAAAAUUGAUUAAAGAUAACAGGAACGACAAAGCAAGCAAAUUGACCUUAACUUCUAAUGUUGACAUAUCAUUAUGGCCACAUUGUUUAUGUGCUGAAGGUUUCACUGGUAUUGAUUGUUCCGUUCCAUUUGAACCAUGUGAACAUUUAAUAUCGAAUGCUUUAAUUAAACCUGAACAAUUAAUGCAUAGUCAAUUGGUUCCCGAUGAUAUUGAUCGUCCACUUUUGUUGUUUGAUGAUGAUGAUGAUCAUGAUCAUGAUCAUGAUGAUAGUUAUUUGAAAUUGGCUACGGGUAACUGGUUAUGCGGUGUUCCUUUCAAUUAUGGUACAUGUCAUUCCAAUGGCUCCCAAUAUUACUGUCAGUGUAAUAUUGGUUAUGAAAAAGAUGUUGACUAUAGUCAUGGUGAUAAUUGUUGGAAACAAACUAGACAACAAAAUCAUCAGCUUGGCAAUAAAUGUGGUCAAGGUGUUUGUUUCAAUGGUGGAAAAUGUAUUAAUGUAAUGAAAGGUCUUGUUAAUUAUAUUCAUCAACAUAACAAUCGUAUGAUUAAAACUAACAAUAAUCAAGUGCCAAUGUGUCAAUGUCAGCCAGGUUAUACUGGUUUGUAUUGUGAACUAAAAGAAGGUGUAUGGAAUGAAUGGAAUUCAUGGAGUCAUUGUUCACCUCAUUGUGGUUUAAAACGUUAUCGUUCACGUUUACGUACAUGUCAAGGAGAUGUUGGUUGUAUUGGUUCCAAUGAACAAUUGCAAAAAUGUUCAUCAAAAAAAUGUACUACAACGCUACUAGUGAAUAGUGAAUCAGACAAUAAACCCAACAAUUGGAUAACAUUUCAACAAAAUAAUCAUAAUAUAAUAUGGUUUUUAGUAUGUUUAAUAAUUGUAGAAAUAUUUUUGAUUAUUUUAAGUGUGAUUAUAUUAGAAAAAUAUUUUUUUUAAAACUUCAUUAUCAUCAUCAUCAUCAAAAUCAUUAACGUCAAUAUCAUCGUCAGCAUCAUCCACUGAGCCGAAAUGAUCACAUCUCUAAAUGUUCAAUGGCAUUGUCUGUUUUUGUUUAAAGUGUCACCAACAGAUAGAUAGUUUAGUCUAAACUUUCAUAUCUUGUAUAGUUUCUGUACAAAUAUGUCGAGACCAUAGGGCUUAUUCUCAUAGCCUUUCGACAAAUUAAUUAAUCCAUGCCUUACAAGUCAUUCAUUGUUCACUUAUCUUUCGAUUUUGUCAAUUAUUUGCUUACAACUUCGGUUAAUUUUAAUUGAGUGUGUGUGUGUGUGUGCAUGCCGACUUCGUUUAUUGCAUGUCUGGCUUAUUUUUUUUUAUCUAACUAUAGA